GUCUGUCUGGUCUGUCGCUUCACUCUUCCCAUCUUUGCUUCACGUUCCCAAGCAAAGCACUAAAGCAACCGCACAAGCUCACCAUCUGAUGACUUUCUAGCGCGUUCCUCUGCCAUGCCAUGCCAUGCCAUGCCCUGCCAUGCGGCGCGGCUGGCCAAGCCGGCUGGCUAAGCUAGCCUUGCCUGCUCGGGGUCGCAAGGGGAAUGGUUUCUCCUCGUCUCACAGGGCACCGUUGCCUCUUACGAGCUGCCUUUCUCCCAUUGCUUGCUUGCUUGUCUUGUCUUCUUCCGGCAUAGCCUUGUUACCUUUGGGGUCUCCCCCUCGCUGCCGCUGCCGCCACCGCUACCUGUUCAUCAUCGCCUGCAUCACUGCAUCGCGCCGCCGGUAGCAUGCCAUGCUGUGCCGUGCAAUGUCGUGCUAUGCCGUACUGUUCCUCUUCUCUCUCUCUCUCUCUCUCUCUCUCUCUCUCUCUCCGUAUGGCUUCUAUAAUAAUGUGCACCUCGGAUUGAGAGUCAUGACCAGCAACACACGCUGGGUGCCAGGUGUCUGUCGGCAGGAGGCUAGUCAACACGAUGGAGGCGAAGCAAUCACCAGUAGUAAGCCAUUAUUGCACCUCUGCCCGUCUGUGCCAACGUCUGUGCUGGUGACUCUGGUUGUUUUCCUCUGUCCCCUUUACUACGCAGUGCCUGUGCGACUCGUCCACUCGGGCUCAGCCCAUGACGGAGGCACCACACCCACACCGUCCAGUCCCGGACAACCACUUGGCUCAGCUUCAUGCGGCCGGACUCUUGCGCUCUUGGGCUUUUCCGUCCGUCUCUUCUGCCUUUACCUGUGA